GGCAUCACAGUCAUGGGUUCUCCUUUGCGUCAUCGGCACGGGGCGGUUCAUGAAUGGGGUUCUCAAGUGGGAGGGCCCAUUAAUCUGACUUUUCCAGGCAGGAAAAACUGGGUGUUGUGCUGUGCUCGCUGCGACGCACCUACAUGCGUGUUUUUAUGCCACAGUGAGCUUUGUUUCACUGGGCAGCAGUGAAGGGAUCGGGCCCCGGCGUUUGUCAACUGAGGCGCGCGCGCGGCACCGCCGCAGCAGCUGUAGCAGCAACACAGUCCAAACGGAGGAGGCAGAGGAGCCGCGUCCGUGAGCCAUGGGUUUUCGCAAGAAAAACAAGAGCCCGCCGGUGCUGAGCCACGAGUUCGUGAUCCAGAAUCACGCCGACAUGGUUUCGUGUUUGGCCAUGAUUAUCCUCCUCGGGCUGAUGUUUGAGGUCACAGCAAAAUUUGCCAUAAUGUUCAUCACAGUCCAGUACAACGUCACUGAAGUCCUCGAUGAGAAAAGCGAGCCGGUGAAUCAUUACCAUUACGGCCCCAAAGAUGUGGCGACUGUGUUUUUUUACCUGCUGAUAGCGGUCAUCCUUCACGCCUUGAUACAAGAAUAUAUUCUUGAUAAAAUCAACAGGAGGUUACAUCUCUCUAAAACCAAACACAGCAAGUUUAAUGAGUCUGGACAGCUGGCAGCGUUCUACCUGUUCUCCUUUGUCUGGGGCUGCAGUAUCCUGACAGCGGAGGACUUUGCAACAAACCCCACGUUCUUAUGGGAGGGCUACCCACACACUCGCAUGGUUUUUCAGGUCAAGUUCUUCUACAUUUGCCAAAUUGCCUAUUGGCUCCACGCUCUUCCUGAGCUCUACUUUCAGAAAGUGCGAAAGGAAGACAUCCCCCGCCAGCUGUAUUACAUCUGCCUGUACAUCGUUCACAUCACCGGUGCCUACGUCUUAAACCUGCACCGACUGGGCCUGGUGCUGCUGGUUCCUCACUACCUAGUGGAGCUCCUGUUCCAUGCUUCACGCCUCUUCUACUUCAGCGACGAGAACAAGCAGAAAGGCUUCACCCUGUGGGCUCUCCUGUUUGUCAUCGCCCGCCUGCUCACCCUCACGCUGUCGGUGCUGACGUUCGGCUUCGGCCUCCCGCGCACGGAAAACCACGGCUUUUCCUUAGCGGACGGCAACUUCAACGUGCUCACCGUUCGGAUGACGUGCCUGGCAGCGAUCUGCCUGACUCAAGCCUGGAUGAUGUGGAAGUUCAUUAAUUUCCAGCUGAAGAAGUGGAGGGAGCACAGUCAGAAUCAGGCAUCCAAGAAGAAGACGUUCAGCCAGAAGACCAAGCCUCAUAAAAGGGAACCACUGAGGGUCACCAACGGAGUGGUCAAACCUGAGGAUAAAACGUCGCCGCGGGCAAGAAAAGCCAAAGCUUCGUGAGGAUGGAGCGGCACGGUUUCCUCUUUUUAACACUUGCUUCCUGUCUCCUGCUCUCCAAAACAAAAAACAUUUAAACCGCGCAAGAGCUGAAGCUCCUCCUCUGAGAAGGUUGGGUGUUGCGGUUUGCCGUGGGUGUUCUUUGACCGCAGGUGGAUCGCUGGUUCUGAUGCUUUAACAGGAUGGAUCUUGCGCCUCUUUUGAGGUUGUUCCUUUGCGGAAAAGAAGUUCUGACAUUUUUCAGUUUGCAGGACUUCACUUACGGUGAACGGUAUUACGAGUCUUUCAAGAAAAAACGAGUUUAUUGUCCCUCAAAAUGUAAUAUAUGGUGAAGGCUGAUCAUGGCCCAGAUGUAGUUUAACACUAAGCGGAGUAACUGUCCUCAAUGGGGCGACUUCUUAUUAAAAAACAAAGCCUGAAUUUAGCCUCAGGUGUCCGAGCCAAAGAGACGAAGCAUUGUGAGUAGAAAGAGGUUUCAAAUAUAUCAUUUUUUCACACGUCAAAGGUCAGUGUUUGAGUAGAAAGCAUAAAAGCCAAACCGCAGAACUUCUACCUUUAAAGCCCAAACGGUGAUUUUCCUGCAACUUUUUUUUUCUUUUUUUUGACAGACUUGCUGUUAAAACGACAGCUUUCCGCAGCUCUCCGUCUCCUCGCCGGUAGAGCGGGCCGAGGAGGCGCACGCUUGAGGCUGCGCCGCCACACUGUGCUGUUUGCAUCCCGAUUGGAAAAACGUUUCAGCUCGUUUUAUUUUUUUAACGCAUGAUGGUUUUAAAAGGCUAAAAUGCUACUUCACGUGUAGGAUGUUGCAUAUCACAAAGCAUUCAGUGGCCUUUUUUUUUUUUUAAAACAAUGCUGCAAGAGGGUUCAGUUAUUUAUUUUUGUCCUGUGAUUAAAAAAAAAAGUAUUUCUUUAUAUGCUUGGAAAAGCUAUAACCAGCAGACAGCGGUACAUAGCAACUGCAUUUGGUUGAUCCAAAACAAUACAAUCUUUCUUCAAGUGUCCUUAUGAUGUUGGUCACAUGUCCUGCUCGUGCUGUGCUCGGUUUCGGUUUUUUCCGGGGUUUGAUGGGUUCAGGGGCUUUUGGUGCACUUUUAUUGGAUACAAUGCUGUUUAGUUGUACGCGCGACGACGACGUAACCGCUCGUUUUUUUCCCUCCUCGAAUGCUCGUAACGGAAAAGCGACAAUCUGUCCAUCUUGUCCCGCCUGCCUUGUUUUAUUUUUUUUUCCUGAAGCUCUGAACUGUGGAUAGGUUUCGCGAAACGAUUCUGUAAAUCCUUUUCAGUGAUCGUGACGUUGCCACACCUCUGCCCAGCUCCGCCUGUCGAGGAGGAGACGGUCCGGCGCUCUUUAGGACUUCCGUUAGUCCGUUUGCGAGCGGCGACGUCACGGGAGAAAAGGCGCAGAGGACUGCCGUACCAGCCUCUUAUUAAGCUGUCUCUGAAGAAAAUAUAAAAGAAAAUAUAUCCAAGUUAACCCCACACUGUACUAAAAUACGUGUCAGAUUUUUAAACUAUUUUUAUAAAGGAAAAACUGUUGACUGUUGUUCCGUAUACAUGUGUGAAAAUUUGUUUUACUCUCCUGUUUCUGUUCUUAAACGAGAAUGAAGCUUGCUGAACUGUGGAUGUGUGUAAACGUUGUAGUAUGACUGUCUUCUCUCUUCUGUAACUUCAUGGCCUUAUUAGAGUCGGUUGUUAAACAGUGCACAGUUGACACGGAGCUGCAGAUGUACAAUGCAGCUCCUUAUAUAUUCAUGAUUUACAGGACUCAAACCUCCACUUUUGAUUUUCAUUUUUUAAGUAAGUCUUGUUUUCAUUUCAUUUCUUAAGCUCCUCCCCUUGUUUUUUACAUGCAUUCACAAGAAUUAUUCAAAUAAAAGUUAAUUUUGUCAAACUUAUAAUAGUUGUAUUCUACAAGCAGCCACUAGAGGGCGCCAAAUCUCUCAUUUAUGAUAAAAGAAAACCUGAUUCGCCCAGAAAAUACACUUAUAAUCUAUAAACCUGUUCUUAUUAUACAAUUGUUUAGCUAAAAUAUUUGAAAAAAAUCUUUUGAUCUGCUGUCUAAGUUCUAAUAUCUAUUUAUGAACACUAUUGUCCACUUUUGAUCAUUGUGACUUUUUUUUCUUUUUUACUUUGAUGUUUUGAAUAAAGCUUUUGUUUGUUAACCGGCAUCAUUUGAUCGUUUAUUUUGUGACCGUUGUUGUUUUUUGAGGGCACACGUUGAGUGGUGCAUUUGUCUCCAUGGUAACAAGAGGGGACGGGGGGCACGCUGAAAGAUUGCGGUUGCAAAAGUGCACCGUAAAUUAUGAUGGUUGCAGAUAAUUGCUCUGCUAAUUGUCCAAUACCUGCUCUGACAUGAAGUCUUGUUCGCAGAUGUGGUGGAUAAACUUGUGAUUUAACAUAUUUCGUCCGCCUAUUAGUUUCUGAUAAGACAAAGCAGCUGCUGCUGCCUUCACGGUCAUGUCCACCUGAGGUGCUUCAUGGAGGAAGAAGGCCGGAGACGCUUGUGGUUCUUUGACCUCUAGGUGCAUGAAAAAGAAGGUGCACACCUGUGACAGAGAGGGUGGAAACGUCUGGACAAGAGGAAAAAAAAGAAUAAAUAGUGAAGAGACACUGGGAUGAAGAAAAAAGAACGGCAACCAGAGAAGAGCCUUAAAUGGUACGAGAAAAGAUUAAAAAGGGAGGAAAUGAGGCUUAA